GACUACAAAUACAGAUAGGGAAACGUGGGUUCCAAGUUGCAAAGAACGUAACUGCUGAACACCAGGUUUUCAGCUGCUUCUCCACAUGCUUCUCAGUUUCCAAAGCUAAAGGAUCCCAGACAGGAGAGUCAACCAGUAAGGAACCAGAAUUCCUAGCAGUUAGUUCCACCUCUGAAAGAGCUCAGUCACCAUGAAUGUAAGUGAAUUCCGGAGGAGAGGGAAAGAGAUGGUGGAUUACGUGGCUGACUACUUGGAAGGCAUCGAGGGGCGCCCCGUCUACCCUAAUGUGGAGCCUGGCUACCUGCGGCCCCUGAUCCCUACUGAGGCUCCCCAGGAGCCAGAAGCAUUUGAGGACGUUAUCAAUGACAUUGAAAAGAUAAUCAUGCCAGGGGUGACCCACUGGCACAGCCCCUAUUUCUUCGCCUACUUCCCCACGGCCAGCUCGUACCCAUCCAUGCUCGCAGACAUGCUGUGUGGAGCCGUCGGCUGCAUAGGCUUCUCUUGGGCAGCGAGUCCAGCAUGCACAGAACUGGAGACAGUGAUGAUGGACUGGCUUGGAAAGAUGCUGCAGCUGCCAGAGGAGUUUUUGGCUGGAAAAGCUGGAGAAGGGGGAGGAGUGAUCCAGGGGAGUGCCAGUGAAGCCACCCUGGUUGCCCUGCUGGCUGCUCGGACAAAAGUGACCCGGCGGCUCCAGGCAGCAUCUCCAGAGUUGUCGCAGGCCGCCAUCAUGGAAAAGCUGGUAGCCUACUUCUCUGAUCAGGCACACUCCUCUGUGGAAAGAGCUGGAUUAAUUGGUGGAGUGCAAAUGAAAGCAAUCCCUUCUGAUGGCAAAUUUGCCAUGCGUGCUUCUGCCCUGCAGGAGGCCCUGGAACAAGACAAGGCAGCUGGCCUGAUCCCAUUCUUUGUGGUUGCUACUCUGGGGACCACGUCUUGCUGCUCUUUUGACAAUCUAUUAGAAGUCGGCCCUAUCUGCAAGAAGGAGGACAUGUGGCUGCACAUUGAUGCUGCAUACGCAGGCAGUGCCUUCAUCUGCCCUGAGUUCCGGCAUCUUCUGAACGGAGUGGAGUUUGCAGAUUCAUUUAAUUUUAAUCCCCACAAGUGGCUUUUGGUGAAUUUUGACUGCUCCGCCAUGUGGGUGAAAAAGAGAACAGACUUAACAGGAGCCUUUAAACUGGACCCUAUUUACUUGAAGCACAGCCAUCAGGAUUCAGGGCUUAUCACUGACUACAGGAGACUGGAAAACCAAACUGAAGACCAUCAGAGCCACCAGGCAGGGGAAAGGACUCCCAGGACAGAAUGUUGCCCACUGGGCUAGUCAGGGAAGUGAGGGAUGACAGAAGUGAACAGGGUGAGGCAGGUCUGUGGACCCACCACUGAAUGAGGGCAUGAGGAGACAGUGUUAGAUCUAAGAGGUGGCUGUUCAGGACAUAUGGUUUGGCAAAGUCAUUUUGCAUUCUUUCUGGUUAUGAACUGAAGACCAAAGAGGUAAGGAUAGCAUCAUUUGCCCAAAAUUUACAUGAUUAUGGGCAAAGUGGGUAUCCUUAUGCUCAUUGCAUAGGUGAGGAGAUAGAGGUUCAAAAAAGUUAGAGAAAUUUCAGAACCCAAUUGAAAGAAAAAACAUAGGACCCAGGUCACCAGCUCAUCCCAUUGAGCUGUACCUUUCCCCAAACUAUUUGGAUGAGGAAACUGCAACUACUGGUCAUGUUGGUAGCUUACCAAGAGUGGUUCAGUGUACUGGUUUUUAAAUUUUUGAUCAUAGAGGAAGAAUGUCCCAAGAAAUAGAUGACUAAUGUCUGGAGACUCACAUCGAAGCACCAGAGGUAUAGCUCAGUGUUAGAGUGCUUGCCCAUAUGCACAAGGCUCUGGGUUCCAUCCCCACCACCUCCUAAGAGACAAUACAAACUGACUUCCACAUGCAGAGUCAUUUUGGGUGACCCAUGUGGGAAGGUAGAGGGAUUUUCUUGCUGAUUGCUUCAGUAUAUAAGUCAACAAUAUUCCCUAAGGUGAGGAUGGGCUGCUCUGAGUCAGACCAGGUGCUGGGCUUGGGGCCAGGAAUAAAGUAGCAAACUAGACAGAGUCCCUUUAUACAGAACUUACAUUCUAGCAGGAGGUGAGGCUGAUUGCACAGGAAAUCACAGCCCUCCUGAUGAGUUACACUCUAGUCUCAUGCAGGUGAAAAGGAGUGGUGGGCGGGGACAUCUCAUCCAGGCCUGUGUCAGGCUCAGAGAGGCAGUACAGGCAUUAGGGAGUCACGUUUGAAUGAGCAAACAAUAAAACUGUGCACAUUUUCACUCAAGUGUCAUAAAAAUUACGUUUGCCUUGUUUUUCCUCCAAACGUUGGACUUAAAUCACAUUUCGAUUGUCAGGAGGUUGACUUGGCAAGGGAUGGUUUUGGAACGCCACCUCCGUGCUGAACAAUGGCAGGGAGCCAUUGCUUCACUGGCUGUUAGUUGUGUGGUGAGAGGUUCCUCUUUUAGAUUUUUCAAAAAGGUAAGUUAGCCUAAUUCUUCCUGAACCUCCCAACAGCUUGCAGACACAUGGUUAAAUCACAAACAGCUGUGUGUACGCAGGUACGGUUCCAGCUCUGCCACAUUCUAGGUUGGUGACAUUAGACAUCUCAUCCUCCGUGCCUGCUUUCCAUCCCAUAAAGGGAAGAUCUGAACCCCUAUUUCAUAGCACUGUUAGGAAGAUGAAAUGUGAUGAAGUGUGAAUACACUUAGCACAGUGUCCCGCAUAAAAUCAGAGGGAAACCACUGUAAUCACUUCUGAGCCUAGCUAUUGGGUCCAUGUUUCUCUUUGCAACUUGAGAAGCUUUUCCAGUUUGGACAUGGCUGCUCUUCAUUCAUUUUACACACUCUGUAGUCAUUCCCCCUUAACCACAGUUUCACUUUCUGUGGUUUCAGUUACUCAUGAUAAAGGGCAAUCUGAAACUGUUAAGUACAAAAUUCCAGAAAUAACAAUUCGUAAGUUUGAAAUAACUUUUAUUACAGCAUACUGUUACAAUUGUUCUGUUUUAUUCUUAGUCAUUGUGUUAAUCUGUCUCUCUCUGAGGCUAAUUUCUAAAUUCAACUAUCACAGGUGUGCAUGUACAGGAAAGAACAGAAUAUGUAGGGCUCAGUACUAUCUGUGGUUUCACACCUCCACUGGGGAUUUUGGAACGUGUCCCCAGUGCAUGGCGGGUGACUGUAUUUAAAAUACACCUAUGCCCUUCCACUCAGGAGCCGUGCUGGGCUUAGGCUGAGCUUCUCUGGAGCCCCAGGUGACAGGCAGUCCCAGUGAGUCUGGGGGUCCUUCCUCACCCCAGCAGGGGGCCCUCUCUCAUUCCUCAAGGAAGAGAAGAUACAAAAGAGUUGCCAUCAGCAUCUUGCUAAGUUCUCAUAGAAUAUUAAUGUUUUUUUAAAAAAAGCCAUGAUAUGCUACCAGACGGUCUUCAGGAAUUGCCCAUCCUUCUCUUCCCUGUCCUUUUCCAACUUACUUUGUUACAUUUUCAACCUUCCAAGAGUCACACCGGAUGCAAAGUGCAGUCAGCCAGGAAAGUCUGGAAAUUCAAGGGAAAGCAGAGGGAACACUUCUUUGAGGACCAACACAUGGACACAUGCUAUGUCUUUCAGUAGAGGGGUCUUGGGGGUCACUCCCCUGCAGCCACUGAGAUAAGAAAGGAGUCAGUAUUGGUCUAGAAAACAGUGUCAGGACAUCAUGGGAAGCAUAUGGCAGACAAAUGUGGGUUUCAGCUUUCUCCAUCCCUGCAGACAGAGACACCUGUGCAAAACUCUGCUUGCCCCCACUGGUGGUAAGCUUCCUAGAAACAGGGCCACAUCUUUCCUGUUAGCUCGCUGACGAGCCUUUUUCCCAGAACAGGUGUGAACUCAGCAAACAUUUGUUGAGUGAAAACAAUAAUCAUCAAUGCCUCCCAAGUCAAUAAUCCCUGUCCUCAUUUCCCUCAGAGGAGCUUUGCAAAGGCAGCCUCCCUCUGUGGCCCCCCUGCUCAUACCCCAGGAUGGAAAAUGUGCAGCCAGAGUGGGGUAGACACAGGGAACUAGUUGCCUUUAAGAGAACAAGCCAACCAGUGGGUUAGAAAGGAAGCACUGAUACCCCAUAUUAUAUUUUA